AUGAAAGUCCUUUUUGUGAUUUUGGUUUUGGUUGGACUCGUAUCGGUGUCACCGUCCCCGUCGCCAUCGCCAUCAUGGGGCAGUGGAUGGUCAAGUAGCUAUCCUAGCUAUGGAAGUAGAUAUGUGAUAGGACGAUCAAUCGGAUAUCCUAGCUAUAGAAGUGGCUACAGUAGUGGGCAUGGAAGUGGAUACGGAUCAAGGAUUAUUCGGGUCAUUAGCGGAGGCAGUGGAUGGAAUAGUGGAUAUUACGGUGGAGGCUGGAGUCCCAGCAGAUACAGCAGUGGAGGAUGGAGUGAUGGUGGUGGAUGGGACUCUGAUUACAGCAGUGGAUGGUGA